CGUCGGCCGCACGGAUCUAGGACGAUGUGUGGGCCGCGCGGACCGCCGGCCGUGCGCUGACCCACUUCCGGCCCACCUCCCCACCGCACUGCGCCCUGUGAUAAAUGUGUUCAUAGCUUAAGACGCGAAAGCGUACGCAAUAAUUCGACUGAUCCGCGAUUCCGCGAGAUGGCGGGCCGCGAGGAGCUGGAGUCGCAGCUGACGCAGGUGAUCACGACGAUGGCGCAGGGGGCCGAGGUGAGCGUGCAGCACGUGGGCGGGGCGAAGCGCCACCAGAUCAUCAUCGACAUCAAGCAGGACAUCGACAUGGACGAGGUGUCGACGCGGUCGCUGGCGGAGAGUGUGAUGGAGUCACUGGGCGCGCGCUCGGCGGCCGUGUACGUGGACAGCGCGCCGGCCGCGCUCGAGCUGACCACCGUCAACGUGAUCGUGGCGGACGAGCUGCGCGCGCCCACGCCGCCCGCGCCCGCCGACGACGCGCCCGCCGCCGAGCCCGCCACCACCGCCGCCGCUACCAUGCCCACCGCCACGGUCGCCACCACUACGGCCUCAGGAACUCAAAGUUAUAACAAGCUGAACAUCAAAAUCGGUUAA